AUGGGUUGCACCCAAGCGAAGGCGCGGCAGGGCCCCACGAGACCGACGGAGCCGGCGCCCGCGCAGCAGGCGUGCGCCCCUCGCGCAGAGGCGCCCCCACUCCUCCCCGGGGGCGGGGUGGCGGUGCCGCAGGAAGACCAGGCGUCGGUGACGCACGUGGAACCCGCGGUGGGCGGAGCAGCGGCGACGGAAGAGGCGACGGAGGAGGCACCGGCCGCUGGCACGGGGGAGUCUGCAGCACACGCAGUAGGUUUAGUGGCCUCGGAGCGCAAGAGCCCGCGGCCGUCGCGGGCGCCGGGGCGACUGCAGCGAAAAUUAGCCGCGGCCGCGGCACCGUCGAGCGGCGAGUGGUGGGUGUACUCGGCGCGGCGGAACAAGAGCUGCGCUUGGGACAGCGAUGAGCCCGUGUCGGUAUGCGUGUCGAACACCACCGCCUCCUCCCCGCUCUUUUUAUCCCAGGACCGCCGCAACGUGGGCGACACGAGCCCUCGGGCCGCCUCCGCCCCCUACGGGACGUGUCGCGGCUGUCUCUCCGUGACGCUCUCGCCCAUGUCGUCCGCCUUCACCUCGCCGCGGGUUUCACUGUGCGCAGACGGGGGGCAUGCCGGGCGGGGGCCGCGCCUCCACAGCCUCAUCGUCGGCGUGGGCGCGGCGGCGGCGAACACGCGUCUGAGCACCGGCGCGAACCCCGUUUCCUCGGCGCGGCGGGAGUGCGGCGUCGACGCAGAGAAUCACACCGACGGGGCGGAGGCGGCGGCGAGGAACGGCGCAGCCCAGGGGGCACGUGGGUCUGGCGUCGCGAUGUCUCCGGCCGAUGCGGCGGGCGGUCGUACUUCCACGUCGGCGUCAACGGCCGCGGCGCCGUCGCGGGGGCGGUUCGUAGAGGGAAGUGCGACGGCCACGAAUGUGGCCGGCGGCUGUUGCCUCAAGAAGGAGGCCGAGGGGGCGCGCAGCUGCACAACGGCGAACGACAUUAGCUGCUCCUGCCGCAGUGCGGAGGAGACGGGGGUGCGGCUGUCCUCGGAGUUUCAGGUGCCCACCAUCGCACGGCUGCAGGAGGCGAUACGGCGGGCACAGCGCACUCAGUAA